GAACAGAAGCGCAGACGGUACAGGCAGGCAACAGGUGGACGGACAAGCCCUCCGCAAUUGAUGGAAUGUGGGGUUAUUAGCACAAAUCCUGUAGAAUUGCAACAAAUUACAGAGAGAGAGAGAGAAAGGUUUUCUACUACCAACUUCUAUUACUACCUUGGACUCCUUCAUCCUUACAAUGCCUAAGAGUGACACAUGGCCGGGUGGUGUCGCCAUAGAGACAAUGACUGGCAUGGAGAGUGCAGGCAGCUGUGACAGUGUUAUCAGCAUGAACUCUGGAUUUAGUGACGAUAGCUUUGAACACCUGUCUGCUGAGGAGAGGGCAUGUCUCAUGUUCUUGGAAGAGACCAUAGAGUCCCUAGAGACUGAGGAGGACAGUGGACUAUCCAAUGAUGAGCCUGACCGCCUGCCCACCCCUGGCAAUGUGGCCACCAAGAUGGCCAACCUCUCUGCCUCCAUGGGCCAAAACAAACUCAACAAUGUAUCAACAUAUCCCAGAGAGCAGAACGGUUACCUGGUUCCUACUCCAUUCAUCCUGGCCAACAGCACCUCCUGCAUCCUGCCAAAGGCUAGGCCAGGCAUACCCCAAGAUAAGGAGAACUCUCUCUCAAAGCCCCAGGUCACUGCCUUGGACAACAUGCCAUGUCAGGGCAACCACCCUUGUUUACCCCCUGAGGUCAAUGUUGUUGUGAUUCCCCCUCUGUCAAAGCUCAAAGACUACCCUGGUCAGAGACCACCUACUUCACCCAGAGGCCCUCUGUCCUAUGAAGCCCUAGUGCAGCUGAGGAAGAGUGCCUCCAUGAAGAGAACUCCUCAAAGUCCCACAGCUGAGACCAGAGACUGGAACAGGCAGCCCUCUGCGUCAGACAUACCCAUUCACCCGCAUCAUGGAAGCACACCCAGAGGCUGCUCAGUCACCCCAGCCCAGGGGAUUCUCCCCCGGGAGCCCAGCAAGCACAAGGCCAGUCCUCCAGUUGUGUUCCCAAAACCCCCCAAAAUCCCUUCCCACAUUGCUGUGAAUACCCAAAGGGAUACUGCUAACCCCACUACGGCCUCCAGUGCCCCUUCCUUGGGCUCAUUGCCCAGGGACAGGCGUUUGUCGGACCCACAGAAGGUGAGAAAUGAUGCCUUACAAAAGCUGGGGCUCCUGAGAGACAAUAAUGAGUCCCAACCUGAGCAUGUUACGCCACUGUGCACCCCCAAAUCUCACUCCUCCUUGGAACUAACUUCAGCCCGUGUGGGAGUCAAAGCUCCACCUCAUGGUAACCCAACAAGAAGCCAGCCCUCAACUACCUCCCAGGGACCCAGAGAAUCUAACAGCAGGCCAGUAAAAAGUAGCAGCAGCUUCCUCCAUCGCUCUAGUGAGGAGCAGCCCACCGCCCCCCUCUCACACCCGUCCAAACCCAGUGGGGUCAAAGCUGCCACCCUGGAGCUCUCAGGGGUGGGGCUUGGGAGCUACAUGGCCGAACAUGGGAUACAUCCUGAUCCCCACUCCGCCACCCUGGACAGCCAGAGGGAGGGUGGACAUUGCACCCCAUCUGCUCUCAACAAAGCCUCAGAACAGGUGAAAACAACCCCCACUGCUCAGCCAGUGUCCCCCCACAAGACCCUGCACUGCCCAGGCUUCAGUGUGGUGAUGAUGCCCAGCAUGGGAGAAGACAGACGAGAGGCACUUAGGAAGCUGGGGCUGCUGAAAGACUAGGCCCGGAGAGAAGGCAGCCAAAAUAUCUGCCCAGUGGAUAAACAGAUAUACAGAGGGUAUCAAAUGAAACAGACUUCCACCACCAGGGAAGCAGAAAAAAGUGGGGAUUGAACCGAUUUCUGUAAAUAUUUUGAGCAUUGACAAUGCUGGCUUUUCAGGAAAGACUGGCCUCUUUCUUCCAUUUCUCUCUUUAAGAGAGUAAUUUCGUUUAAAUUAUUUGAAUUCCAUUUUGUUCCGUUUUAUUCUUCUUCUGUCAGCUCAAUAUAAACAUUGCACAGUUUCUCUAGCGAUAAAGCAGAUCAAGCCUGAACUGUGUGAAGCCUGAACUGAACUGUGUUGGGAGUUGUAGUUUCCAACAGGCCAAUAUUCUACAUAGUUAAGUGCAGAAAACAUGGUAAUUAACUACAAUGAUGAUAAUCCAUUGCGCUUACUUGUCCGUCUGUGUUAUUCUUUUACACCUGUUACGUUGCGUUAGUGUGUGGCAGACACAGAGGUCAAGAGAAGAGACAGAAGAAUGCUCGAUCAGAAGGGAUAGAGAGUAGUUGCUUCACGAGUUACAUCUACCUAAAAAUAUUUGAUCUAAGUAUGCCUUAUUUACUUUGAAGAACUACUAAAAUAGCGAUUAAGUGAGACAGCAUAGGCAGCAGCUCUAUAUGAACCGAACCGACCUCAAAAAAACACUAAUUUACUGUUACCGCAAUUUAAUUUUCAUGUCAGUUGUUUAACAACAUUAUAUUUUUACAUUGUUUUUCUAUGAUUUUGUUGUCACCGAAUCAGUCACUGAACACUCUUUUAAAGUAAAUCAGAGAAGUGUCUUAUCAUAAUUAUUUACCCCCUUACAUUUAGUUGCUUUACAAAGUGUGAUUUAAAGGGAUUUAUUGUGAUUUUUUUGUCAUUGAUCUACAGAAAAUACUCUAUAACAUCAAAGUGAAAAUACAUAUCUACAAAUGUUUACAAAUAAACAAAAAUACAUAACUAAAAUGUAUUGGUUAUAUAAGUAUUCAACCCAUAUGUUAUGGAAAGCCUAAGUAAUAAUUCAACCACGAAAACCAGAGAGGUUUUCCAAUGCCUUGCAAAGAAGGGCACCAAUUGGUAGAUAGGUAAAAAAAAAAAGCAGACACUGAAUAUCCCUUUAAGCAUGGUAAAGUUACUAAUUAGGCUUUGGAUGGUGUAUCAAUACACUAAGUCACUACAAAGAACUGAGUUGCCAGAGAGGAAGGAAACUGCUCAGGGACUUCACCAUGCCAAUGGGGAUUUUAAAACCGUUACAGAGGAUAAUGGCUGUGAUAGGACAAAACUGAGGCCGGAUUAACAUUAUUGUAGUUACUCCACAAUACUAACCUAAAUGACAGAGGGAAAAGAAGAAAGCCUGUACAGAAAAAUGUGUCAAAUGAAUUCACUUUUUGUUCUGAAUACAAACCGCAAUGUGUGAGGCAAAUCCAACACAUCUCUGAGUGCCACUCUCCAUAUUUUCAAACAUGGUGGUGGCUGCAUCAUGAUAUGGGUAUGCUCGUAAUUGGCAGGGAUGGGAGUUUUUCAGGAUAAAAAGAAAUGGAGCGGAGCUAAGCACUAGUAAAAUAAUAGAGGAAAACCUGGUUUAGUCUCCUUUCCACCAGAGACAAUUUCCCCUUUCAGCAGGACAAUAACCUAAAACAAAAGGCAAAAUAUACACUGGAAUUGCUUACCAAGACUACAUUGAAUGUUCCUGAGUACAGUUUUGACUUAAAUCGUCUUGAAAAUCUAUGGCAAGACUUGAAAAUGGCUGUCUAGCAAUGAUCAACAACAAACUUGACAGAGCUUGAAGAAUUUUGAAAAGAAUAAUGGCAUAAUAUGGCAUAAUCCAAUUGUGCACAGCACUAAGGGGCCGAUUCGAACCAAAGCUAAGCGCGCGUAAAUGGAACCCGCUAUUCAUUUGGUGAAGAUCUAAUAAAUGAAGGUGUGGCGGAUUUGUGUCUACAGAUAUGACGUAUUCUGAUCUUGAUUUAAUUCCCUAAUAAUUCCACCACAUUUACACACGAGAAAACCAUAAAUAAGGUCUAGCAAACAGACCAAUUCAAAGUGGAAAAAGAAUCUACUUAUUUUUUUCCGAUAGAAAUAAUACUAUUUUCCAUGCAAUGUAAUUUACAACUUGUUAAGAGCUAUUGAUAAGAUCUAGGUAAAUGAGUAAUCUGUUUGGCUAAGGGAAUUGUAAAUAUAAAUUACACUUGUUUUAGAUCUAUUUUACCUUAUAAUCGCUGGAGACAAAUGUGAAACCAGUUAUAUGGCAGCAAACAGGAGCAUAUCAACAUAUCAACAUACCCACGGUAAAGUUUAUGAAUUGUUGUGCCAUUAUGCAAAAUGUCAAUUGUAAGGGCUUUUAACUUGCAGGAAUGGGCACUCUCGAAUGUGUUAAUUAUAGGCUACCCAGACUUUCUCUGUUUCCUAUUUCUAGCAUUUUAAUAGCCACUAUCAGUAUUGGUUGUCAGUAGGCAUAAUAACCACACAUAUUCAACUGUCAAUUUCCUGUUAGUUCCCUUCAGAUGGUAAAGCCUACGUUAUCAUUCCAUUUAAUUACAUUGUUUAGUUUACCUUCGUUGCUUCCUCUGUAAACGCCGUCAUGGCCGUGAGGUUGUUGCUGAAGAUCAUUAGUGACAAUUGAUGAUACUGUAUAUAAAAAUAGCCUACUAUUGUACACUAUUCUCCCUAUUAUAAUUCUACUGUAUAUACAGUAAUCUUUCAACAUUAUCAUGGAUUGACGAACUGAAUGUGACAAUUUUCAGAAUGAAUUUAUUUUCCUUAACCUAAAUAAUCUGCAAGAUCAGAGUAUUUUUUUUAUCUACCAAUUGGUGCUGAAACAAAGAAGAAUAUGCAUAUAUUUAGAUGGCUUUCAUUCAUUGAUACCUAAUAUUCUGAAGCCGUUCUCUCGAUAUAUUCUAGUGAGUCUGUCAACAAAAUUCAAACUUAAAUGUACACUGUCUUUAAAGGGGUGGCUUAAGAUAAAUGUACUGAAAACCCUAUUGAAUGAAAACUCCACGAGAAAAUUUGUUGGCCAGCAAGUGGGAGGAUUUUCAGGGGUUGAAUUAAAUGUAUUCAGAGCGCACAAGGCAGCCAUACCUGCAGAGCGCAUUAAGCGACUUAAUAAGGUAUGUCUGAACACCAAAUACUGAGAAGUGCAUAGGAAAGGCAUCAGUGGGAACGUCAAAUUCCUAAGUCUGAAUCGGCCCCUAUGAGACUUACCCAAGAAGUAUACCCAAACGUGUUCUAUAAAGAAGACUCACAGCAGUAAUCACUGCCAAAGGUGUUUCUAAGAUCCCACUGGGCAAAACAGUUUGAACCCCCAAAAAAUCUAUGUGAUAACAUUGAAUCAACGUGGAAAACGAAUUGGAUUUGCAAAAAGUAAUCAAUGCAAGGACAUUUUGUUUAUAUAUUUGGAAUUCACAAAGUUGACAACUCCACCAAAUGUAAAUCAAAACUGGCGUCUGUGCCCAGUGGGGUGCAUUGUCUCAGGGGGGGGGGGGUGAAUACUUAUUUAAUUAAGAUAUAUUUGUUUUUAAUUUUAAUUAAUAAUAAAAAAAAUGUAAUGGCAUUUUUAUUUCACUUUGACAUUAUUUUGUGUAAAUCGUUGAAGAAAAAAAUGACAAUUAAAUACAUUGUAAUCCCACUUCGUAACACAAUAAAAUACGAGGAAAUCCAAGGGGGGAAUACUUAUGAUAGACACUUUAACUUUAACAGGCGUGUCAUAUUUGCGUCAUAAUUGCUGUGUAACAGACUGCAUUCGUGGUUGAGAUGUGAACGUAUUUGAUCAUACACUUAAACAUGUUGGACUAUUUUGUGUCAGAUGAACAUUUCCUUUCCAUUUUUUUCCUGACUGAGCUUCCCAUUGUUAAAUUACAGCCAUUUGUUUUUCCUCCAACCCUCACAACCCAAUCAAAGAAUAGGUUUUGUAGAAAAAGACAAAUAAUUAUUUAUACAGGUACUUUCCACCAGCUUUACCUUUCUCUGCCUCAGUGCACCCUCCUCUCAUCUUACAGACUAGUCAUACUACUCAUUUUACACAUGCCACUUUCGCAAUGAGAAAGCCUACUCAGCUGUCUGUGUGUUAUCGGAUUAUCUUGGACUGCACCUCUAUGUGAACCUGUCCUACUGAACAGACCAGUGCUUUCUUUUCUGUGGUGUUCAUUCCUAAUGUCCAAACAGCUCUUUCAUUUCAUUAAACAGUUUCAGCGAGAGGUCAGUAUCUUAUAUACCCUCUACCUGGAAAUGUGGUCACAACAUCACUGUUGCUAUGGUUCCACUUCAGUGUUAUCUCUUAAUGAGGUAUUAUUGUAGUGGAGCCGUAUCCAUGUCUGAGUGGAGUACUUUGCAUAUGAUGGUGUCACCUCUCUCAACUGAAACGCCUGCCACCGGUCAAGUCAUAUUGAACAAUGGAUGGAAAAAUCGAUCCAUUACGCAAGUGGGAAACACAGUACAGAGAAAGAAAAAAUAAAUUAUUUGAUUAAUCGAUCUUCAGACUAAAUGGACACCUCCCAAGUGAUGUUCCAUUGUGAUGGCAAUUUACAGUAUGUGGUUAGGGAUAUUAAAGGGAUAGUUCACCCAAAUUAGAAAACCCUGUAAACAGUCUAUGGACAAGGUAUGACAGCAAUCCAUGCUUUGGUUGUGUUUAACUGGUUUCAAAUGCUAAACGUUUUGCAUUUAUGGCACAAAUCCAAAGCAAGUCAAUGGUACCUAUAGUAAUAUUUUCAUGUUUCAUAUCCAAAUCAUCUUAAAGUAUCUACAAAUGUAUUGUGUAACUCAAUUAAGUUAGUUAAAGAUGUCGACAUGAAGCGUGGAAAGGCUAAUGUACAGUGUCUUCAGAAACUACUCACACCCCUUUACUUUCCACAUAUUGUUGUGCUACAGCCUGAAUUUAUAAUGAUACAAUUUCGAUUUUGGGUCUCUGGCCUUUAUACAAAACUCCAUAAUGUUUUUAAGUGGAAUAUUUGUACAAAUUUAUAAAAAAGUAAAAGCUGAAAUGUCUUCAAUAUGUAUUCAUCCCCUUUGUUAUGGCAAACAUAAAUAAGUUCAGGAGUAAACAUUUGCUUAACAAGUUACAUAAGUUGCAUGGACUCACUCUGUGCAAUAAUAGUGUUUAACAUGCUUUUUGAAUGACUACCUCAUCUCUGCACCCCACGCAUACAAUUAUUUUUUAAGUCCAUCAGUCGAACAGUGAAUUUCAACCAAUUUCAACCACAAAGACCAGGGAGGUUUUCCAAUGCCGAGCAAAUAAGGGCACCUAUUUGUAGAUGGGGUAAAAAAUAAAUAAUUAAAGGCAGACAUUGAAUA